GAUACAGGAACACCUCCCUCCAGAUGGAGCAGUCUCAGCUAGACACCCGACAGGCCGGGGAUUCAUUCCUUAAUUGGUUGUCAUGAUCCCUGGCUCAUGAUGGGCAACUGGACUUGCCACCUCCAGCAGUGAGUGACAUUGGAAAUACUAGCUGUCUUCAGUCCAUCGGAGCUCUCAGUCUGGUGGAGUGGACAGACCGGCAGACUAACCAGGGAAAACAGUAGGAGGGUGGCUUUCAGGAGAGUGAGAGGCCCCGAGGGCUUGCGGCUGGCGCAGGGCCACAACCCGACUCCCACCCACGUAAAAACACCACUUCUUGUUGGAAGUGGGUGUGCCAGAAGCGGAACCCAGGGUCCGGAACUAAAGGCAACAAGGACUCAAGCUACACCCGGACGGACGGCCUUUCAGGACGGCCCCACCUCGGGAGCGGACCGGAAAACCCCGAGAGGCUGCUAGUUCCUCACGGAGGCUUACUGUAGACUGGUAGUUGGGCCUCGCGACUCCUCUGUGGGCAGCCAGGCCGCCUUCUCGCAGUUGAGGAGAGCUGUGGCGUUCCCCGCGCCCGCCGCGCAGAGUCCAGUGCGCAGGCGUGUGGGCGGGGCGGGCCCUUAAAGGGACCGCGUUGCGGAGUCGGAGGAGCUGGGGCCGCCAAGCGCAAGGUUCUCGGGCGGGAAUGGGUACUAGGUGCCUCGAGGACCAGGCCCCGUUGGCACUGAGUUUGGAUCUACUCUGCGGACGUGCCCAAGAGGAGCCGCAGGUUAAACGCGUCUCUUCCGGUCUCUAGCCUGCUUUGCUAUGGCUCACGUUGGCUCUCGCAAGCGCUCGAGGAGUCGCAGUCGUUCGCGGGGUCGACGGGGGUCAGAAAAGCGAAGCAAGAAAAGUAGUAAGGACGCCUCGAGGAACUGCUCAGCCUCCAAAUCCCAGGGUCACAAGGCCAGCAGCACGUCUGAGGAGAGAAGCAAGCACAAGGCCCGGAGGACAGCGAGGUCCAGCUCUUCCUCCUCCUCUUCCAGUUCUUCCAGCUCUGCAUCGUCCUCAUCUUCCAGCGAUGGCCGGAAGAAGCACGGGAAACACAAGGAUAAGAAGAGGAAAAAGAAGAAGAAACGGAAAAAGAAGCUAAAGAGGAAAGCCAAGGAGAAGGCAGUGGUGGUGCACCCGGUUGAGGCUCUGCCCGGCCCCUCACUGGAUCAGUGGCACAGAUCAGCUGGGGAGGACAACGAUGGCCCAGUCCUGACUGAUGAGCAGAAGUCUCGUAUCCAGGCCAUGAAGCCCAUGACAAAGGCGGAGUGGGACGCUCGACAGAGUGUCAUUCGCAAGGUGGUGGACCCAGAGACGGGACGCACAAGGCUCAUCAAGGGAGAUGGUGAGGUUUUAGAGGAAAUCGUAACCAAAGAACGGCACAGAGAGAUCAACAAGCAAGCCACCCGAGGGGACGGUCUGGCCUUCCAGAUGCGAGCGGGCCUGCUCCCCUGAGGGCCCUGGUACCCCAGUCUGUGAACUACUGUUGGUGGCUUGGAGACAGAUGGAUCCAAUUGCCUUUGCUCCUAUGGGUGCCCCCUAAGCACCAGACUGGGAGAGUGUAGUGUCAAUAUUAAAUGAUCUUGGUCACCGA